AGUCAGCACUGCUAAAAUGAAGACAUCUGCAUUUAUUUUUCUGUUCGCCACUCUAACUUUAUACAUUGAUAUGGGUUUGGUUUCUGGCGCAGAGGAACAGGAGCAUUUAUUUGAUCAGGAAUUGACAAAUUUUUGCCUCAUAAGUGAAACGCUGCGAACACAAAUUUCGUCCAGUAUUUUGCUUGUAUCGCAACUGCAGUCUAAGAUUUCGGUGUUGGAAUCAAGAAUGGAAAUUUAUGAGAGGAACGUCAGCGUCAGAGAACUGCGAAUUGAGAGUCUUUUCACAAUGCUCAGCAAUAGGCUAGAGUGCAAAGUUCCCACACCUGCUGUGGCCAACGACGUGACGAAAGCAACGAAGGUGUUGACCAACCAAAAAUUUAAUUUUAAUCUUACUGCAGGAGGUAAUAGAGCUUCUGCAAAGGCACAAUGCGAUGCCCAACGGAUGCAUUUAGUUUUUAUUGAAACUGAGGAAAAACUUCGUGAGGUGGUUGCAGCAUUACCAGACAAGACAGUAAACUAUUGGGUUGGAGCUCACUAUGCCUACAGCCAUGGCCUAUUUUACUGGGACAGUGGCAAAGUAGUUGAUGAGAAAUUGUGGAAUCCAGAUAAUAAGGGCAGGAGUAACGAACUUCAAUGCGUUGAAUUGCACGGGCGAUCUGGAAAGCUAUAUCGCCAGAAUUGUGCUGCUAUUCUUUACUUCAUUUGUGAAAAAUCUUAGAUAAAAUUAAAUGAGAUUAAGUUAAGUAGAAUUGCCAUGCUAAGAAAAUACAGUUAUUGCAACAAAUUUCAAGAUAAAUUCUAACAUUAAGCAAUGACAAAUGAUCCUAUCUUUUUUUAGGAAAUAAAGUGCCCUCUGUUCAUUGAAAAUAUUCUUUGUCAUCAAUUUUAGAAGAAGGUAUAUAAAUGUAAUUAAUUAUCCUGUAACGAUUGAAAAAAAUAAGAAAAAACAAUAAUAAUAAUAAUUAAAAAAAUGUUACUUAUUAUCGAAGGAAAAAACUUUUCCGUGCUUCAUAAAAUUACUUUACCUGCAAAUUUUUAAAAUAAAAUUUCAAUGGAACAAAUACUUAGGUUGGUGAAAAGAGCUAGAUUUGAA